UAGAGUACUUGGCACGAUUUACCUCAGUAGCCAUGGGGUCUCUAACUGGUCCCUCGUGUCUGCUUCUGUUUUUCAUGGUGACCCUCCAGACCCCGUACAGCACCCACGCGAAUAGGAUAAUCACGGAGAAACCGAGCCGCGCUGAUUCAUCUGAGAGCGGGCUUGGGUUGAAGGAGCAUUUUCUGAUUGUUACACAGCACAAUAGGCUGCGCAGCUGGGUCACCCCCAUGGCUGCUAACAUGCAAAAAAUGGACUGGAGUGAGAAGCUGGUCAAACUUGCCCAGGAGAGGGCGAAAUCCUGCCACACAAAUCCCGCUCCUCAGGACCAACCGCUCCGCCACAUUGGCUGGAACACCCAUCAUUCAGCUCAUGCCACCAGCUCAUUUGCUGAGGUCAUUGACUCAUGGUUCGAGGAAGGGCGGGACUACAUGUACCUGAGUGGGCAAUGCAGAGAGAAUGCUACCUGCCAACACUACACACAGUUGGUGUGGGCCACCUCCAGUAAUGUGGGCUGUGCCAGACAGUUGUGUCUGAGGGGUGAUGCUCUCUGGGAGCUAUUUGUCUGUGCAUACUCCCCUGGGGGUAACUGGGAGGUGAAUGGGAGGUUGGUGGUGCCCUAUGUGGCUGGUUUCUCCUGUUCUCUCUGCACCUCUUCCAUGUCAGGCUGCUUCAGACUGUGGGACCAUGUGGGAGGACUGUGUGAGACCCCCAGGAACCCAUGUCGUAUGAGCUGUGGGCAGCAUGGUCGUCUGAACAUCUCCUCCUGCCAGUGUCAUUGUGGACCUAGGUUCACCGGACGAUUCUGUCAGGUGCGCUGCAGUGUGAAGUGUGUGCACGGCCGCUACAAGGAAGAGGAGUGCUCCUGCAAGUGUGAUGUUGGUUAUGGGGGUGUUGAGUGUGCAGAGAAGCAGCAGUUUCCCUUCCACAGCUGUGAUGUGAGGAUAGAUGGAGAGUGCUUCAUGGUGUCUCCAGAGGUCGACACCUACUAUGGAGCCAAGACCCGCUGUCAGGAGCGAGGGGGGAUUCUGGCCCAGAUCCACAACCAGAAGGUUCAGGACAUGCUGGCAUUUUACCUCAGCCAGCUGGAGACCAGCAACGAGGUCACAGACCCCGACUUUGAGACACGCAACUUCUGGAUCGGGCUGACAUAUAAACCUCUGAAGGACUCUUUCCGCUGGGACUCAGGAGAAAUCCCCACAUACAGCAGCUUCGCCUUUGGACAGCCUGACAACCAGGGCUUUGGGAACUGUGUGGAGCUGCAGGCUUCCAGCGCCUUCAACUGGAACGACCAGCGCUGUAAAACACGCAACCGAUACAUCUGCCAGUACGGUGGUUUAAAACACCUGUUGGACAUUGACAUCACCAUGACAACAGAUUGA